UUGCCAGGUAGAGAGUUUGACUGCUGCACCUCAAGCAUACGGCGGGCAAACUUGUUCCUCUCCUUCUCGCCAUUCAUUAUUAAUCUGUUUGUGGAUAUGGAUGGAUCAAACAGUGGGAUUUCUUUUUGUAAUAAUCACUGAAAUUAUCUUUGUUCAUUUUGUGAUAUUCAAAAUCCUCCUCGUUUUAACCAGGGCAGACACCAUGAUAUCAUCCAACUAUAGAAGAGCCAGUGGCCAUUAAAUCUUUUCAAGAGAUCAUUGUUUUUACUUUGUCGCAUUGCGUGUUUGUAAUGAGAUAAUUGGAGUGUGCUGCGAAGGGAUCCAACCGGCGGCCGGACCAAUUUCCGACACCCCUCCCCUGCACCACAUUCUCUUCAACGGACUUUUACCUCUGUGUGAGAAAGAGAGAGAGGACGCCAGAGAGGGUGAGAGAUGACGAAGGCGAGGAGAGUGGUACUGUUUCCCGCACCAGGUGCUGGGCACCUGCUCUCCAUGAUCGAGCUGGCCAGGCAAAUCCUGCAACACACCCACAACCUCUCCAUCACCAUCCUCAUCAUCCGACCUCCUUCCUCAUCCCCUUUUGCCUCUCCCUCCAUUUCCCAACACCUUGAUGCUGUGGCCGCCUCCGCCCUCGACAUCAACUUCACGGAGCUUCCUGAAGCUUCUUUUCCUGAAGUUGAAUCGCAAGGCCUAGCGAGCAACCUACGCUUCAUAGACAACCACAAGCCCGCCGUCUCGGAGGCCCUCACCGCUCUCCAGGAGACUACCACCAUCACUGCCUUCAUCUCCGACUUGUUCUGUAUCUCCUCAACCAGUGCCUCUCUAGAUCUCGGCAUCCCCACCUUCCUCUUCUUCACAUCCGGAGCAACCACGACGUGCAUCCUGAUUUACUUACCGGAGAUGGACCGGAAGUAUGAAUGCGAUCUUAAAGACCUGACCGAGGAAGUAGAGAUUCCCGGCUCAGUGCGCCCGCUGCCUCCAUCUGCCUUGCCGGAUGCUAUCCUGAGGAAGGAGGAGGACAGCUACCGGUGGUUCGUACAAAACGCCCGCCUUUGUUCUGGAUUGGACGGCAUACUGGUGAACACCUUCAACGAGUUGCAGCCGACGGCUAUCGCGGCCCUGACCGAUGGACGGUGCAGCCCCAGCGACCGAACUCCGCCCGUAUAUCCAGUCGGACCAUUGCUGAAUCUGGGCGCUGCGGGGUCCGAAGCGAAGAAUCACGAGUGCAUCAAGUGGCUCGACCAGCAGCCCCACUCAUCCGUUCUGUUCUUGUGCUUCGGCAGCAUGGGAGUCUUCCCAACCGAGCAGAUUCACGAGAUCGCGCGGGGGCUGGAACUCAGUGGCAAGCGAUUCCUGUGGUCGCUUCGGGCUCCGACAAGGGAGCCGGGCCCUGGCUUUGCGCUGCCCCGUGAUGCAAAUCUGGAGGAGGUGCUGCCCGCUGGGUUCGUGGACAGAACGCGAGAGCGCGGACUGGUUUGGCCAAAGUGGGUGCCCCAGGUCGCGAUUCUCUCGCAUCCGGCGGUCGGCGGCUUCGUGUCGCACUGCGGGUGGAACUCAACCCUCGAGAGCAUGUGGUUUGGAGUGCCCAUGAUCGCUUGGCCUCUGUACGCAGAACAGGGCAUGAACGCGAUUGAGUUGGUGAACGUCUUGGGAGUGGGACUUGGUCUGAACAGAGAAGGCGGCGAUGGCAGGAAUGGAAUAGUGAGAGCAGAGGAACUGUGGAGGGCGGCGAGAAGAUUGAUGGAAGGUGAGGAAGGUAGAAAGGUCAGGGAGAAGAUGAAGGAGAUGCAAGAGUUGGGGAGGAAGGCUGUAGAGGAAGGAGGGUCGUCCUACCUCAAUUUGGCGACGUUGGUCGAACGCUGGUCUACCGGCUGAAUUCAGUAACCGCACAGAGUUAACUGCUGUUCUUGACCUGCACUUUCGUUUCAGUAUAAUUGAUCGUACUUGGUAUGCUGUUCCUUCGUUAGUGUUUUACUAUACAUUUGAAGGGUUUAAGUUUUUCUUUUAAAGGGCCUAUUUUCAGUUUACUAUGUCAUAGUUAUGCAGAAGCAUACAAUAGUGUUGGAGAAAGACUAAUCUUCGUUAUUGGCUGCACUGAAUAUAAUGCAGUUCUAAGAACAUGCAUCCAUUCUACUAGAAGCAAGAUGACACCAGUUUGUAAGUUAAGCCUAAGAGUGAUUAUGAAUUCCCUCCAUCAACUCAACUUUGAGCUUUGAAGUUUUGGGGGUGAAAUGGUUGGGAUUUUACAUACAUCCAUCAGUACCAAAAACCCUAGCAAGGAAAGAAAUGCACAUGAUAUUGUAGCGCAUUUUCAAAAUAUUUUCAAUUUUUUUUUAAUGAUAUUGUUGUGCUUGUACACAUGACAAUCAUGAUAUUAAUAUGAAACAUUGACCAA